AUGGCCGCCAAAAAACCCAACAUCCUCUACAUCAUGGCUGACCAGAUGGCCGCCCCCCUGCUGGCCUUCCAUGACGACAAAAACUCUCCCAUCCAAACCCCCCAUCUCAAUCGCCUCGCGGAUGAAGGCGUCGUUUUCGAUUCCGCCUACUGCAAUUCUCCCUUGUGCGCUCCCUCGCGUUAUGUCAUGGUGACCGGUCAACUGCCCUCCAAAAUCGGUGCCUAUGACAAUGCCGCCGAUUUGCCCGCCGACGUCCCCACGUACGCACACUAUCUGCGCAAGGAGGGCUAUCACACCGCGUUGGCCGGCAAGAUGCACUUCUGCGGUCCAGACCAGCUACAUGGGUAUGAGCAACGAUUGACGAGCGAUAUCUAUCCGGGGGAUUAUGGCUGGUCUGUCAACUGGGAUGAGCCUGACAUCCGCCCCGAUUGGUACCACAACAUGUCCUCCGUCUUGGAUGCUGGCCCCGUCGUGCGAACGAACCAACUGGACUUUGAUGAAGAGGUCAUUUACAAGUCCACCCAGUAUCUGUACAACCAUGUCCGCCACCGUACCGACCAACCGUUUUGCCUGACCGUCUCCAUGACCCACCCGCAUGAUCCCUACGCCAUGACCAAGGAAUUCUGGGAUCUGUACGAAGAGGUGGACAUUCCUCUGCCCAAGAAUCCCGCAAUCCCCCAGCACCAGCAGGAUCCGCACUCCCAGCGGGUGCUCAAGUGCAUCGACCUCUGGGGCAAGGAACUGCCCGAGGAGCGCAUCAAGGCCGCCCGCCGCGCCUACUAUGCCGCUUGCACCUACGUCGACACCAAUGUCGGCAAGCUGCUCAAGGUCUUGGACGACUGUGGUCUGCGGGACGACACCAUUGUCGUCUUUACCGGGGACCACGGGGACAUGCUCGGCGAGCGCGGCCUCUGGUACAAGAUGACCUGGUAUGAGAAUUCCGCCCGCGUGCCGUUUAUCGUGCACGCGCCCCAGCGCUACGCCGCCAAGCGCAUUCCCCAGAAUGUGUCCACCAUGGAUCUGCUGCCGACGUUUGCGGAGAUGGUGGGCGCGCCUCUGAUCCGCGGCCUGCCCCUGGAUGGCGUUUCGCUGAUGCCCUACUUGACGGGCGAGGACGGCAUCAAGACCGAUACCGUGCUGGGCGAGUACAUGGCCGAAGGCACCCAGUCGCCCGUCGUCAUGAUCCGCCGCGGCCGCUGGAAGUUCAUCUACUCCCUGAUCGACCCCCCCAUGCUCUUUGAUCUCGAAGCCGACCCCCUCGAGACGGUGAACCUGGUCGCGGGUCUGCCGGAUCCUUCGCGCGCGCCGCCGAGAUCGGAAGCCACCCUGACCGCAGCCAAGCUGGCCUCGGUAUCUACCCAAUUGCCGCCGCCGGCCGCCCUGCCGACCCCGGUGGACUCGCCUCGUGUGACUCCGCUGCAGCAGCAGCGCAGCCCGGCUCACGCCGCGCACCACCACGCCUUCCCGACCCCGCCACGCACUCCCAGCCCUGGCCAGGGCGCGGCCACGGUGCCCGCCACGCGCGAUCCCACCAAGCUGCUGGCCUACUUUGUGGACGAGGUGCACACGCGCUGGAACCUGGAGCGCAUCACGGAAGACGUGGUGAUCUCGCAGCGCCGCCGGCGCCUGGUGUACUCGGCCUUGCUCCAGGGCACGCCGGCGAUCUGGGACUACGAGCCGCGCAUUGACCCCAGCACGCAGUACGUGCGGAACCAAGGCAAGGGCGCACUGGACGAUGUUGAAUUCAUGUCUCGUUGGCCCCGGGUGUUGCAGCAGGCGGCUGUAACACAGAGCAGGGUUUACUAA